AUGACGACCGAAGAAGACAUGAGGUCAUCAUCAUCAGAGUCGUCUCCCAAGUCGUUUCUGUCGUUACCGUACGACGUUGUUUUCAACUGUUUGUCUCGUGUCUCGAGAACCCACGAUCCAAUUCUCUCUCUCGUAUCCAAGAGUUUCAGAUCACUCCUCGCUUUGCCUGAUCUCGAAGCCGAACGAUUCCGCAUCCUAAAAAACGAGACCUGCCUCUAUGUCUGCUUAAACCUGAAUAACAACAACAACCCUAACCCUAGCUGGUUCAUACUCUCUCAAACUCCUAAACAUAAACUGAUACCACUCCCUUCUCUUCCUUACCCAGAUCCACAUCCCAAUUGCUCAACUGUUGUCUCAACUGGUUCAGAGAUCUACUUGCUGGGCGGAUUCGUCGCAAAGGAAAAGAGAAGCAGGAGAGCUUAUGUUCUCGAUUGUAAAUCUCAUCAAUGGCGUCGACUCCCUAAAAUGCGUAUAGCUCGAAAAGAAGCAGCCGCUAAUGUGAUUGACGGUAAGAUCAAUGUGUACGGAGGAUGCAGCAGCGAGUACCAUAACAGCGUAAACUGGGGAGAGAUUUACGACCCAAUGACUCAAACUUGGGAGCCAUUUCCGGAAGGUGCCUUGAACAAAGAGGGUGUGAUUCCAUGUGCUCUAAUAAAGGAUGGCAUAGCUUUUCCUGAUUGUGGCCUCCUAAUUAGUGGAAAAGUUUAUGACACUACAACGAUGGACACGCUUGAUUACAAUACACCCAUGGACAAGCUUGACUUGUGUCCAAAUGUUUGCAUGCUAAAGAUCGAUAACCAAGACUUCCAAGCAUCGGUUUCCGAUGGGAAACUCAAACUAGUUCGCUGUCGUGGCGCUAUGGCGUGGCAUUGGACGGUUGGGGGACUUGAAGAAUUGUCUUGUAAUUAUCUUCUUUCGGUGGCAAGCCCUGGCGGAGGAAGGAGAGUGACAGUUUGGUGGAAGACGUAUACUAAGGAAUGUAAAACGGAGAUUUGGUGUGCACUAAUUUUGCUUGAGCGCGAGUUGGUUUGGGGAGUCAUUGAAUGGUCUGAGAAUGUGUUUACCUUGCCUGGAUCUGAAUCCGAUUCAGAUUCCAAUUCCUUCCUUUUGCAUUAUGAAUUAGUGACACUUGCUCGACACUGA